CUGUUUCAGGUCCACAUGGGCAAAAGACUUGCGCUGCCACUUCUAGUAGCGUUGGCAGCGGAGUCUGCCGGAGACCUGACUUCUAUGGUUGCGCUUGCAGAGAUGCUAUGAUUGAUUACGAAGAUUGCUUGGGUUGGAUAAGGUUGGCGAAAACGACGGUUUUACGAGUGGAGGGUAAAAGAUCAGGGACUCCAAGGAAGAGGCCCUCUUCGUUGAAACGUAAGUACUAAUGUACAGCAUAGGUGGAAGCAUGGCUUCCUUCAAAGUCGCAGAGGAUCCUAUGGAGAGCAUGGGUAUGCCAUCCCCUGCUGGUAAGUCGCCUGCACGAAGUCGAAGACGCUUAUCCAAAGGGGGAAUAGAAAAGGAGAAUGCAGACCCAAAGUCACCCCUAUCGAUCCUGAAGAAGGGCGAGCAGAGGCGUGCUCUAGGAGAUUUGCAUGUCUUUGAUGUCCGCUCCCCUGCACGGACUGAAAUGGUGAACGGGCAGAGCAUAGAGGCGAGCCCUGUCUUCAACAAGAAGAGGUCCAAGCGCAGCCUAAACAGAAGGGUCAGCUUUGCUGAGCAGCCAGCGGUCAGAAUCUUCGUCAAAGACAUAGAGUACGAAACACCCCCAGACGCUAAGACGCAGAAGGCAGGGUCUUUCACCAAUGCUGCGCCAGCACAAACAGCCCUAGAUGUUGAGGCAAAGCCAGCUUCCACAGAGCAGCCCCAACCUGCUGCACUGGAGCUCAAUCCUGGUAGGCCAGCUGAGAUUUAUGACAGCAAUUUGCAAUUCGAGAUGCUGCCAGCUGGAAACACCGGCCCAAUCUCUUGGAGCCAGGGAAGAGAAGCUUCGAUAGGAGUUGACACAGAGCCACUCGCUUUGAACGCAAGGACGGAAGAAAUGGACGGUCAGCAAUCCACACCAGUAAUGCAGCAGCCCCAGGCAGCAGGCGGGUACCAUGGCACGCCCGUUGGGACGCCUGGGGGCAACGAGUCCAGCCCUGAGUUCUUUUCUCCACGCAACUACGUCUCACCUCUCAGCAGCGAUGAUGGCAUGGAGCUCACGCACACCCCGACUGCCGACUUUGAGCUGCUUCCUCCCCAGAACGAAGCAUUUGGCAGCGCCAUCAGCUACCGGAGGCGGAGCAGCCUGGGAGGGGGUGCACGCCCUUCCUUUGGGGGUUUUGAUGCUGCGGAGAGGUCCCCCCUGGAGAAGGAGCCGGUCGAGGACGUGGCCAACUUCACAGACAUGACAGGCUCCAUCACGGCGAUGGUCCCCAAGCUGGCCAAGAUCCUGGCGGAGCAGCAGGACUUCACCUUCUCAACGGGGCCUGUCAUCCCAGCACGAAGAGAGGAGUGGGGAAACGAAGAGGGGGUACAACCUGCUGAUGUCAGCCCCGUCCAUUCAGACAUGUCACUGACUCCGAUAGCCAAUGGUCUGCCAUCUCAGCAGACAGGGGAGCCCGCACCGGCCGCGGAAGAGCUCAUGGGAGCCGUCCUGGCAGAAGACGGCGGGAGGGGGGUGGAGGUUAAACCGGCGAGGCGCAGGUUUGGAGAUCUGCUGUCAGAGGAAGAGGGAGGCGAAGCAGGAGCGGAGCUGCCUGUGUUUCGUGACGAGAGCCCGGUGGACAAUCGGAGGGGCAGCAUCACUGGCGCCAUCCCGCACCUGCAAGACCUCCUUGCGGCGGACCUGGGAGGGGAUGUCGAAGCAACAGAGGGGGUCAAUAUCUGGGCCUCUGGAGAGCGGCGGGGCAGCAUCACUGGCGCCAUCCCCAACUUGCAAGCCUUGCUGGAGGCGGAUCAGGACGCAGGGAGCAAAGAGAGCACGCUCGAUUGGGCAGCCAAGGCGGAAGUGGCACAGCAGGGGGGAGAAGACGGUUCGACCGGAGACCUGUUCAACUUCGAGACUGCUGAGAACGAGAUUGGCUCGCCGGAGGAGGGGGAGACAACGCAGCUGCUGAAUUUCGGGGCGCUCAUGAAGCGAGUUGGGAUGGAGAUUGCGGCAGGGGGGGACGACGUGAUUGAGAACGUGACCGAUCUGGUCCCGCGGCUUGCGGACCUGGUUGACGCUGACGGGGCAGAGCCGCAAGCUGAGAGUGCGCCAAAUGGCGAAUCCUUGAAAACGGAGGAAGAGAAGGCGGAGACCAGGGAGGAGCCAAAGGCAGCACCGGCCCCUGCUGCUGGUAUCGUAAAUGCAUCCCUUCCGUUGCUAUUCACUGGCGAUGAGCAGGAGGAGGUGUUUGGCGUGCGGCCGAGGUUCAACGCGGGGUCCAGGCCCAGCCAUGGGCGGGCAUCUCUGCAGCCCCUGGGCACAGGCAGCUUCAGGCCAGCCCACCGUCGGGGCAGUGUGCGGGGCAGGGCCAGCGUAGGCGGCUGGGCGGCCAUGCUGAGUGCGGAAGCGCAGGAGGGGGGCGCUGUCGACCGGUGGUGGGUCAAAGACAAGCCGGAGGCGGAGCAAGACGAAACAAAUCCAUCAGUGCAAGAAAGCAGCGCUGCGAUCGGAAACAAAGUGGAGGCUGCCAACCUGCCAGGCGAUGAUGCAAAGGCAACGGAAGUUCGCCCCCCUGCCGCCAUCGAGACAGUCCACCCUAACCCCGUAGUCCAAGCCGUGGAGCCUUCGCUCGUCCUAGCUCUACCGGCGGCACUGCCUGCCCAGUCGAUCCCCGCACCCUCGCCGAAACCCGUCCAGGAGGUUGCCCCGAGCAAGAAACGGCCGCGAGAAGAGGCGGGAUCCGACCUCCAGCAAGCGCCGGCUGGCGAGCAGUCUGAAGCGAGCCUGCAGACAGAAUCCAGUCCCAAGCCGGCGGUCAAGAGGCAGCGCAGGCUGCAGGUGCUGACACCUGUCACUGAGCAGAUGAGCGGAGCCGAGAGGGAGGAGUCCCAGGGAACAGUGUUUGGGAGAGGGGAUCAGACUGCGGCCCAGGAGGUGACUCAAGAUCACGGGGAAACUGCAAAGGAAACGGUGACGGGAAUGGACGAGACGGUGGAGAACCAGACACAGGGAGAGGAGUACCACGUGGUUUCGCAGGACGAGAUACCGACGCAGCACAGUGGGGUUAUUGGGAGUCAGGGCGCGUUCGAGACGGAGAAAGAGCUGAGCGAACUGGAGUACAAGAUGCUGCGCCUGCAGAACAAUAGAGCCACUCCCGCCAAGACCCCCAGCCCCAACGCCCUCCCGAUCUCCAGCCGCCUCCAGCUCCGCCGGUCCACCCUCAAAAUGCAAACGGCGCUCGCCGCCGCUGCGCAACCCCCCCUGGCAGCUGAACAGAACCCCGAGCAGCAGGCCGAGUCCACAGAACGACAGCCGUCUGUCGAGAAUGUACCGGCUUCUGUCACCGAGCAAUCUCUGGAGAUUGUGGCCAGCGCACCUGAGCCCCCGGUCGAGAAGCCGGCGGAGCCUAUUCCCACUGCUACAGCCGAGCCCCCAGCGGGGAUUCUUCCCACCGACCCUGCGGAGCCUCCUGUCAAGGAGCAGGCUGAGCUUCCCCCGGUGCCUGAAUUAGCAGUGGAAGGCCCUGUCGACAUCGAAGAGGACGUCACAGAGACCACUUUGCCUCUGCCCCCUGCCCGGCUACAGGGCCUCAUGCACCUCCGCCGUGAGAGCCUGGGCGUCCUGCCCCCAACUCAAGGCCCUGUCAGGCAAGGCCUCCCCCCUGCGGGCCCAGUAAAACCGUUCACCCCCGCUGCCCAAAGGGCCUUCACGCCCCGAGGCAAGGAGAAGUUCACCCCCAUCCUUGGCCUGAGCUCCGUCCGCAAGUUUAGGACGCCGGCUCCGGACAAGGCCGCGCCUGUGGCUGCUCCGCACUCCGUUCGCCCGGCUCGGAACGAGGACACGACGGCGGAACUGGACGGGGAGGAGGAAGGGACCGGGAAGAUUGCCGGGAGGAUCUCCUUUGCAGAGUUUCUAUACAAGGUCGAGAUCCGCUUCUUCGACAACCGGAACCGCGCUUCCAUGUUCGGUCAGCAGACCCCUACGGCCGACCUGGCGCCCCCCGAGGGCCUGGCAGACUGCUUGAAGGUCGUGUGCUUCAACCAGCCGCAGACGACCAUCCUAGACUUUGGGUGUGGCGAGCUGCGCGAGUCGAUCGCUGCCAAGAAGGCGUCCGUGGCCCACUUCGAAGCGAAGCUGCAGGACAUGUGCCCCGCCAUCUUCCACGCGGUACAGACUGCGGCGGGCCCCGAGCGCGCGGCCCUGCUGAAGAAGCUGAAGGACCUGAAGCAGCGGUGCCGCCUGGAGGCGCGGCGGCAGUGGCUGGAGUGGCGCCUCCGCCUGGAGGAGAACACCAGCGAGCGGCUGCAGGAAAACGAGCGCAACUUGAUGGAGGACCUGGCCGCGGUGCAGCAGAAGCGGCAGCAGCUGCACGCGCUGCGCCAGGACGUCCGCAACUUCCAGGCGGAGAUUGAGGCGAACAUCCAGCGGGCGGAGGAUGAGCUGCAGGCCGCGCGCGAGCGAGAGGAGGAGACACGUGGCAUCAAGGUGCGGCUGGCAGAGGAGGUGCGGCGGCAGCAAGCCGAGAUGGAGGAGCGCGAGCAGCAAGCUAGGGAGGCGGAGCGCUACCGGGAGAGCAUGGCGGCGCAGAGAGAGUCCGCGGAGGCGGAGCAUCAGCGGCUGCUGGAGCGCCUGCGGCUGCUGGACGCCUCGUGCGCGGAAGCGCGUGCCGCUCUCAUCAGCAGCGGGGCGGCAGGCGACGACGGCCGGGGGGGCGGGCGCAUCGCCGUGGACGAGAGCCAGCUGGAGAAGCUGCGGCAGAAGGGCGACUCCAGGAAGGAAGACCUCGCCCAGGAGCUGGACAUUGUGGUCGCCACACAGGGGUGGGUAUUAUCCAGACAGGGAUGGCAGGCCGCCGCAAGCUCGCCUGAGGAGUCCGCUUUCGCCGUGGAUUGCCCCAACCUCGAAACGGCGGCCGGAGCCGUCGACCUCUCUGACAAGGCCGCCUCAAGUGGAGCUGCCAAGAGAAGGGGGCCGUCGCCAGGCGACGCCGUGCAGGGCCAAGAGAGUGGCGCGGUCGCCGAAGCAGCGGGUGUGGCGGAGGCCAGCGAGAAGGAGGCUGUGCUGGAGCUGCGGUACCACGACGGGCUGUUCAGCCAGGCCUUUUACAGAACGGGCAAGAACGAGUUCCCGGAGGAGAGCCGGCUUCAGCUCGAUAGGCCGGCGAUCGAUGGGAGGUUUGGCCGGAUCGGCUGUGCCUCUGGCUUUGCUGCUGCAAUGCUGACCCCGGUCGGAGAACGAGUGAAGAACUCGGAAGGCCGCACGAUUGGUAGCUUAGUGCAGAAGGCGAGCUUGAGGAUCGGCCGCGUCUUUGACCUCCUGGAAGAGCUGAACGACUGCUGCUCCGACUUUGAGGAGCUGUCGUCUGCAGCCUACUCGGAAACAGAAGGCCCCGGCAUACUGCAGCUGCGCUUCACGGACCACCAGGCUGUCAUGCUGACGCUAGCCUUGUCCCUGUCCCAAACCGACUGCACCACGUACCCCUUUGGAAGCCUGCCCUUCAAGUCAACCGUUCAAUAUGCUGAUCCCGACACCAAGCGCAAUGACCUGGAGAAAGUCGUAACCAAGGCCGUAUCGGCCAUUUCACCAGGAUUUGGCAGAAUGAAACGCGCUUGUGAGAUUGUGGCAGAGCUGAUCAGGGGCUCUCGUUAUCCAGAGUAGUUGUCAAACAACGAACGGGGUAGUUACAUAUUAGGAAUUCAACCUAGCAGUCUCCUUCGUCCGGACCUUAUCAUGUAGAACGUUCCAGACGCUAUAUGAGUUUUCAAUGCUUUUCGUCCGUUGCAGCGUGGUGUCAGACAAACCUGCUCUUGUACGGCCCAUCUAAUAACGGC